UUUUUUUUUUUUUUUCCCCUCCCUUUGGUAAAAGCCUUACGGCCGCAGGCGCGGAGAACACGAGGUCGCGGGGCUUUGAACUGUGAAGUCAGCCACGUAGGUUCACAUAACGCUAGGGACCAAAGACGUAUACAUAACACUUCCGUGGUGCUGGGACCAACCUUCUCAAGGAAGACUCUAAAAUACUAUUUUUUAUCUUCACCCUGCUUGUCCUGGGACUGACUUGUCUUUGGAGAAAAGUUCAACAGAGGAAAAAGAUUUUCACGUUGGAACCAUUAUAAAUAGAUUUAUUUAAAGAACUUGCUGCCUGGAGACACUUCUGCAGAGAUUGAGUCCUGCUUUUCACCUGUGUUCGCACUUCAGACUGUAAACAAUGAGUGAGUUCUGGUUGUGUUUCAACUGCUGUAUUGCAGAACAGCCUCAGCCUAAAAGACGACGGCGGAUUGACCGAAGCAUGAUUGGAGAGCCAACAAACUUUGUCCACACAGCUCAUGUAGGAUCAGGAGACCUGUUCAGUGGAAUGAAUUCGGUGAGCUCCAUUCAGAACCAAAUGCAGUCCAAGGGGGGCUACGGAGGUGGCAUGUCUGCAAACGUUCAGAUGCAGCUUGUAGAUACAAAGGCAGGAUAACCUUGGGGAAACCUUUCCAGUUUAUGUGAGUUCCUGUAUCUUCUUUCCUGUGUGCCCUUCUUUUGCCUUGGUGACUGCUUUCUGUGUUCAUGACAAGAGAGAAGUGAUGGCUCGUUGUUCACCCGUUGUGAUUACUCCAGUGAAAAGUUGCUGUUCUGCUCUGAUGAUGCCAUUUAUCAGAUUGGUCCUACCGUGCCUUUCGGUGGCAUGCACGCAUUGGCCUCUACCAGCACUAUGGACGUAGAGCUGUUUAGGAUUGUUUUUAGCUUUUUCUUUGUCUCUUUUUUAAAUUUUUUUUUUUUACUUUUUUGAUUUAAGGCGAAUUAAGGCAUCAACCGUAGCUUCCCUCAUCCCUCUCACAAAUACUAAUGCACAGCAUUCUGUUGUUCUUUAUUCUUUAAAUCUUUUCCUCCACUCAAGUAAUUUAGAAUUGAGUGAGUUUCCAUUAAUACUUUUAAUCGCUCAUUGUUCAUAUCCAUUUUUGAAAGGUCUGGGACCUGCAAGCACAAACGAUUGUUUCCUACAAAAUCAGCAGAGUAGAUGACCGCAUGCUUUGUGAAGUUGCUUUGUAUGGUGGCCCAUUCGGUGCCAGAAAAAAAAAUUGCUUACUGCGGACUGAUGAUACUGUUGCUGGUGAAAAAUUUAGCUGUGGCACCAAGUCAUGCCUGUUUCUGAAAGAGGACUUGUAACUUAGCUGCUUCAGAGUUAUGUCUUUAUUUUAGUUUUUAUCCAACUGGUCUUGAAAUAAUAAAGAGAGAGCUUGAAUUCAUAAGGCAUUUGUUGUAAAUGUUCAGUAUAUUUAUUUUGAAAGAGCUGACCUCGAGACUGUAAACCAGUGUAGUACCGUAUCUGCGUGUUGUGGAAGCGCUUUAGUCUAUUUAAAACAAGAAAAGCAUCAUGUUUGGCUGCUUCUUUUUCCUUUUUUUUUUUUUUUUUAAUUUUAGGCUGUACGGUCAUUCCCAGUAGCAGCAUGUCAAACUGCCUGCAAUAUAAGCUGAAGUUUAGUAGACCUCUCUAAGUAGUUGGCAGUUCCUGUGUACUAAAUAUUUAGGGGCCAUGGAAGUUGCUCAGAGCAACAUACUCAUCUGGCAGAACAGAUGCCAGUGAAAACAACAUACAGGGUGACUUUUUACUGUCAGUAAAAAGCCUUUUGCUCAGGUUCCAAAGCAUGUUUCUCUUUCACACGUUGUGAAAAUUGUAUUUUAAUAUUGCACUGUUUUCAGAUUAUGUCUGUAAAUGGUCCUUCUCUUUUUUUCUUCCUCGUUGGUGGUUUGAAACAAGUCAAUGGUUUGAAUCUUGAUUGAGUUUUAAUGUGGGGGGGAAAAACAUCAUCCUAUCAGAUAAGGACAACCGAGCUUAAUCAGAUUCAAUAUGACACAUAAACACAUGUGUUUAUAAAUAUAGAUUGCUGUCAUGAAUGAUUCUUUUCUUCCCAUCCUUUCCCUGAUUUCACAGUGCAACAGCUAUCAGGUUGAUUUAAACAUGUACAAACCUACUUACUCUCGUCUCCCAGUUCACAACCAGUGCGCCAAAUACAAUAGCCAUGGAGGUAGCUGGCCUUCCCAAAGUUGUAUUUGAGUGGCAGGUGUCAGUUAUCCGCUUGCAUGGUUCCAGUUAGCUUGGGGAGCCUUCACCGAUAAAGGUACUGAUUCGUGACGACACAAGAUCAGGAUGUUCAGUUGUCUGGGGUGCAUAAACACAUGGCAAGGCAGUGACUUUUUUUUUUUUUAGGGGUCAGCAUUUCCAAUGCCACUUUAUCAAAUGAGUCUUAAAUAUACUAUGAUUAUUACAAAAUGAUUUUAACUUUGUCAUCGGUUACUGCGGCUGAAAUUUGCUUGCUGAAACUAUCUUGCCUUUGUCAAAAUGUCUUCAGCUUAAUAGCCAGAAAAAAAUUUGACAUAUUUUUAUAACAGACAUACUUUUUUUGUACAUUGUGUUCAUUCUUGAAUAAAGUCAGUUCAGUGUUGGCUUGUAGAUAUUAAAAGGAAAGUAUUGACUUUGAUUCAAUAAAUGUUUUCUUUCAG